UCAGUGUUCACUACAACUCCCAGCAGCCUCCGCGCUGCCGGAAGCUGUGAAACCUCCGUCAGAGAAGAAGAGGAGCAGCUGCAGCUCAAGAUUGUACUGCUCAGUGAAGGCUGGUGAUCAGCUGUUGGCCUGACUACUGGUGAGGACAGGUGAAUCUGAGGACAGAUGAUGAAGAGUAAAGCAGACGAGGAAGACUACUGGAACAGCUCUAAGUUUAAAGCUUUCACCUUCGAUGAUGAAGACGACGAGUUCAGCAGGUUAAAAGAGUCAAAGCAGGCAGUGAACAGCAUCCGCCGCCUGGUGGAAGAAGACGAGGAUGAAGACGAUGUGGAGAAGGUCAGCUGGAGCGGGGAGCCUGUCGGGAGUAUCUCCUGGUCGGUCAAUGAGACUGCAGCGUCCAAUCAGAGGACAGACAGAGAGCCCGCCUUCCCCAAAAUCACCACAGACACAGCGACGAUCAGCAAGAGUCACUCAGGGUACUCUCUGAGCUCUCUGUUCAAAGGAAAAACUAAAGGAGGAAACUUCCCGACAUUCACUGACUCACUCAGCGACUCCUCUGUCAGGCUCUACGCUCCAGAACUCCGAAAACCCAAAUCUGAAUAUAAGGAUUACGUCAGUGAUUGGUCGCCUGAGGAGACGGUCCAGAGAAUGCAGCAGGGAAAGGUCGUGUCUCUGGAGAAGUUUCGGUCUCUUCAGGACAAACUGCUACUGCUGGAUUAUGCCGUCUGUGCACACGACGGCAACGUCAUCACUGCUGUUUUAAUUUAUUUAAAGAGGACUCUGAGUAAAGAGGUUUUGUUCCGGGAGCUGGAGUCCAGACAGACGGCUCUGAGACAUUUCAUCUCCUAUCUGACUGAAACCAGAGCCCAGAGGCUGCUGCUGGAGCUGCUCAGAGCUCUGGACAGAACGGAGGACGUGGCGCUGCUGCAGUAUAAAGAACACCUGAGCAUCAUCGACGAAAACAAAAGGCGGGACUUCCUGAAGAGCUGCCUCAGUCUUCCAUUUUCUCCAGAAGACACGGCACACAUUCAGGAUCACUACACGCUGCUGGAGAGACAAAUCAUCAUCGAGGCAACCGAUCGGCAGGCUGAGCGCGGCGGGAAGGUGGAAAUCUUCCAGAAGUUUCCAAGAAGAGCUUCAAUCCUCAACAUGCCGCUGAUCACAACACUGUACUACUGCUGCUUCUACCACUACUCUGACGCUGAGGGAACUUACAGCAGUCCAUUGAAUGUCCGCCAGACCUUCAAGAUUUCGGAGAAGCAGUACUUUGUGACGGCGUUGGCAGCCCGGGCAAAGCUGAAGGCUUGGUCGGACGUCGAUGCUCUGUUCACCAGCAGGAACUGGCUCGGCUUCACCAGGAAAAAAUCACCGCUCGGCUUCCAACGAGUCGUCGACAUCCUGCAGAAAAACUCUGCCCCCACACAGGUGCUGCAGGACUACGUGGCGCUGGUUGAUGAUGCGGAGUUGAGGAUCACUUUGGCUCAGAAACAUAAAUGUCAUGACAUCGUCAUCAACACAUACCGAGACCUGAAGGACCGGCAGCAGUUGCUUGGAUACCGCGGGAAGGUGGAGAGAGGGUCAGCGGAGGAAAGGAAGAUCGAGGAGUUGCUCAACAACCAGCAAAUUCGGUGGAAGAACUGAAAACUUAAACUAAAGACUUUUACUUUGCAACAAGAGAAGAGCUGUAACCAUGACAACGUCCAAUCAGAUUGCAGAGAGGAGUUCUUUGUUUGACCCCACCCACAGAACACAGGGUGGGUGGGGGCUUAUAUUUCUGCUGAGUCAUCGCUUCAACAUUCCUCCUGUUUAUAAAUAUGAAUGUAAAACAAAAUAAACUUUAUUGAAAAAAGUGA